AUAAGUAAAACAGGUAAAAAGUUUAGUACUAUAGAAAUGGAGAAGAAACUAAUUUUACUUUUAACCAUGGUUUCUUUCAUAUCAGGUGCUUGGUCUGCGGGAUGUCCCAACCAUUGGAAAAGGCACGGAAAUUCUUGCUACGCCUUUAUACAGGAUGUUCCGGAAGAUUUUAUUGAGGCCGGAUCUUUCUGUGAAAGAAGAAAUUCAAAGCUCGUAGAAAUUGAAUCUGCUGAUGAAAAUACCUUUCUGCGAACACAAAUUACUGGUACACACCCACAAGAGGGUUAUUGGAUUGGGCUGUCAGACAUCGUGUUUGAGGGGGACUGGCUAUGGACCUCGUCACAGUCCUCUCCCACCUACACAGACUGGUCCCCCACUAGUCCGAACAAUGCCGGACACCAUCAAGAUUGCGCCAUGUUUUAUGCACCAGAGAGUUUCCACUGGAAUGACCAUUACUGCACAGUCAAGGCAGCGUUCAUCUGUGAGAUGGAGGCACAAACGGAGCCAGUAGAUGUCGUUGGAUAAAGAUCUUGUAUAAUAAAUGACUAUACACUGUUCUAAAAGAACAUAUUAUACAUUACAGAUAUGUGACCUCUU